AUGGCUAAAAUAAAGGAGAAUGACGCAAAAAGUGAUGUGAUGGUGGGUGUGACCUCAGCUUUGCAGUCGAAUUCUACCUUGGAGGAGGACGCGUACGAACAGCCAACCACCACGAGGAAGGAACUUUGGUCAUAUUACCUCUAUUACAAUGGUGAUAACGGUGUUGGCCCUGGAUCGUACAGCCAAACCCUCUUCCAGGAAGCCUUAAAUGGCGCCGGACAUCAACCUGGCUCGAAUCCACCCCAAGCCUGCACCGAUUCAUCGGCAUGUGUAGUGCCAUGGGUGGGAGGUACAAGAUCAGUAUCUUCGGUGGUUUUGAUUGCCAACGGUCUUUGCUUCGCUUUCAUGACGGUGAUAUUCGUCUGGCUAGGAAGUGCUGCGGACUAUGGAACAUUCGGCCGAUGGCUUCUUCUGGCUUUGACGGUGGUCUGCUGGGCAUUGCAGUAUGGUAUGAUGGCUAUCCGGCAUCCGAGCCAGUGGCCAACGGCGAUGGGCUUGUACGUUGUGGCAUAUAUUGCUUAUGGGGCAACGUUGGUAUUCUAUGCUGCCGUGUUCCCCCGUCUGGCGCGGUAUACGCCGCAUGUGCGCAAAGCGAGAGAAGAGGAUCUCAGAGAGGGUAAGAUCAACCAGGAGGAAUAUGAUACAAUUGAAUCACUAGAGAGAAAUCACAUCAGCAACAUUUCAACUGCACAUAGCAACAUCGGAUACCUACUCACGCUUGUGCUUAAUCUGAGCGUUCUACUUCCCCUCCAAAAUAACAGUGUAUCUAAUAACCUGGCCCUAUGUCUUACCAACUCAUACUGGGUCGUUCUCGGCAUCUGGUGGUUUAUUUUCCAGCAAAAAAGGCCAGGGCCAAAGAUACCGAAUGGGUCCAGCUACACCACUGUUGGUUUCAAGCAGAUUUGGCUGGCCAUUCGAGAGAUCAGGUCUCUGCCACAGACGUUUCUAUACUUUUUAGCCUACUUCCUUCUUGCCGAUGGCCUCAACACUACUGGUACUCUCGUCAGCAUCAUCCAAAAUGAUGCCGUUUCAUUUUCUUUCCUGCAAAUCACAUAUCUCGGCAUUACCCAAGCUGCCUGCUCGAGCACCUCAACAUUUGGCUUUUGGUACAUACAACGGUACUUCAAAUUUGAGACGAAGACCAUGUUUUUGUUCACCAAUUCCUUUAGCGUUCUCAUCCCCUUCUGGGGAAUGCUAGGACUGUGGACCAGUCGCAUCGGGUAUCAAAACAGGUGGGAGUUUUACUUUUACAACGUCAUCUUCGGGCUUUUCCAGGCUCCAUAUUAUGCGUACGCCCAAACGAUGAUCAGCGAGCUGAUGCCACGCGGCUACGACAAUAUGUUCUUUGCGCUUUUUGGGAUAACCAAUCGUGCAUCUUCGAUCAUUGGACCCAAUGUUAUUCAAGCCAUCAUAAACAAAACCCACAACAACUGGAUGGGCUUCCCAUUUCUAUUCGCCAUCUGCGCCGGGGCAAUGAUUGCUAUUUGCUUUGUAGACGUCAAAAAAGGUCGUGAAGAUUGUCGGAGAUUCACCGAGCAGCGCAAAAUAGACCGUGUCGUGGCAGAGAGUGGUGUAGAUCCGAAUGAUAUGACAAAGGGGAAGCAACCGGUUCGGAACGAAGAUAUCCCCCAUGUGCAAAACGAGCAGGCGAGCACUCUGACAAGAGAGUAA